AUGUCGUCUGGCGUUGUGCGCUCUACCGCCCUCAGGGCCGGCGGCGCCUGUGUGCGCUGUCGCAAAGGCAAGACCAAGUGCGUCUACGAGAAUGGUCGCGCGCCGUGCAAGAACUGCGCCAAGGGCAUGCACGACUGCUAUCUGCCCUCAGAGAGCAUGGCCCACCACCACGGUCAAAGUCCUGCGCGACACGCCAACCCCCAUCGUCCCCCUCGCGACAGUCUCCCGGCCUCCGGGCCCGGCGGUGCAGCUGAAGCGCGACAGGCCGUCGUUGGCUCCAGCGCGGCUCGCCAUGUCCAGGCAAGCUCUGACAAACUGACGCCUGAGCUCAUCGCCGAGUGCGAGCGUGUUGUGUCCAAGACCUUCCCGGCAUGCGUCGCGUUCCACAAGCCAUCAUUUGUUCAGCAACUCAAGAGUGCUUCCUUGGACGCUGCUCUUGUUUACGGUCUGUUGACCUGUGCAGCCCGGAGUUCGCCAAGCCUAAUCCGCCGCUAUGGAGGUCCGACUGCGGCUGCCGAGACCUUUGCCGCCAAGGCCAUGACACUCAUCAACCAGAAUCUCGACCAUCCUAACCUCGUUGACAUCCAGGCCCUGUGCCUGCUCAUUAUUCACGAAUGGGGCUCUCGCAAUGCUGUUCGCGCCUAUAUCUACCUGGGCCAGGCUGCCCGCAUGAUUCAGAUGUACCGCAUCCUGAACAGCCACCACCCGUCCCCCGAUGCCGACCAAUUCCUCCGUGACGAGUCUCUGCGACGCACUAUCUGGCUCAUCUACAUCCUCGACUGCCUCCUGACGAGCACCCCUGGACGUUUCCCCGCGCUCUCUGCGCACGAUACCGCGGAUGUGUCGCUGCCUUGCUCCGACAUUAACUUCGCCUUCGGCAAUGCUGUGUUCGUCAAGACUCUGCGCCAGCAGCUUGACCCAACUGCCAUGCCUCCUGGCCAGGCUUCCUCCGAGAUUGGCGAAUUCGGUUACAUCGUCCUGGCCUCGACCAUCUGGCGUGAUGUCGUUGCCAUGCUUACCACGACUACACUUGCCAGCUUCCGUGAGGAAGAUUGUGCCGAUCUGAUUGCUAAGAUCGAGGGCCUGCGAGCCUCUUUGCCGAUGCAGUUCAUCGAUAAGCCAGGCCAGAUUAACCUGCACAUGACAAUGGGCUCGGGAUACACCUUUGCCAUGCUGCACUGCCUUCUCCACUGUGCAACCAUCUUUGUGCACCGUCGGCGUCUGCUGCAGGAAGUGACUGCUGCCAACUUUAACCUGGAGUCGUUCCGCCUGAACCCCCGAUGCCACGAUAUUAUCGAUCGUCUCUUCACCUCGUGCCACGGCACCAUCUCUCUACUGACCGCCGUUGAGGCUGGCUCCGAGAAGGACCACAUCCCGUGCUUCCCCAUCUUCAUGCUCUUCUCGGCCUUCACCGCCAGUGCCACAGUUGCCUAUCUGUCUCUGAAGGGUCUCACACCACCCAAUGCUGUCGAGACCGCAGCCCACAUUGUGAAGGAUGGUCUGCGCUUCAUGAGCGACGGCACUGAGAACUGGCCGCUUAUGGGCAGCUGGCUGCGACACCUUACCGUCAUGCAGCGUGUCCUGAACAACGACGCCGCCGCUGCUUCCGGCUCAUUGCGUCAUGGCUCGACCUCCCACGCUGCGGCGGGCAUCAAGGACGAGAUUUCCUCCAACGCUGAUACGAACCCGGAUGCUAUGGACUACGAUCAACAGACGAACGCUGGUGGAAGUGUGUCGGGCCAGGUCAAUGCCAACCGAUCCGUCUCUGAGUCGGUGCGCGGUGACAGCGAGCCCCCUGUCGCCAUCGCUAGACGACCUGGAGUCACCACCAUCAAUGGUGGCUCUGGUGGAGUGUCUACUCCCACUACGGUCUCGCCCCCCCCGGGGAGCGCCCCUCACGGGGUGGUGCACGAUAUCAAGCAGUCAAGCCCCGAAAUGGCCAACGGCAUAGUGGCCACCCAGGACGGGCAGACUACAAGCCAGGACAUGACGGCACCUGAGCUGUGCCAGGCCUUUGAGAGACAGCUCCUUGACCUCGACGACCUUGCCGCCUUCAUGGGUGGCGGCGUCUAG